CUAUUUCGGCCAUCUCCGGGCCGCGAAUCGACUCUUGCCCCGUCUGAGCCUUCGUCCUCUCUCUCCUCCUCUCCUUCUUCGUCUUCUUCCUCUUCCCGAUCUGCCUUGUCCCUUGGUGCUGAGAGUCUCAGGGAGCAGGAUGAACCAUCGUCAGCCGAAGCAUGAGCCCCUCGAGCACUUCAAGACGCCGCUUGCUGAUCGCUUGUUGUGGCAUCAGUUCAAUGAGGAAAGGCAGUUGCGAUACGACAUUCAGCAGGUGAACGUGCCAACGCCCGGGGUUGCUGAUUUGGCGGCAUACUCGUUACUAUGUGAUCGGCUGACGUAUGCGGGGGUGUACGUGGAUGUGACGCAGUUACCUGGGUGGGAGACGACUCGAGUGUUCAAAGAGUUCCGCGCGCUCCAGGUGGCACCUGACUUCGUGCAUAGCGUCGCCACCUUUAUCGGAGACCUGACGAUCCUGCCGCAGCCGAAUCGGGAGCCGGCGCGAAGCUUUGUGCGAGAAUAUGCGGUGCAGGCGGCGAGAUCGGGCCCCUAUCCUAUGCGGGAGUUCUCAGAGUAUUUGGUGGAGCUGACUGACGUGGAGCCGCUGCCCUUCGCAGACGAAGACACGUGGGAGUUGCACCGUGCGCUAUACAAGUCGGUGGCGUUGGGGAUGUUACGAUUCUUCGUGGAUCACGAAGACCACUGCAUCGGGGAACACUUUGUCGUUUAUUACGUCAUCACGCGGCCCAAGCCAGCGCAGAAGGAGGGGACGGUGGCAUUGUACCCGUUUGCCCAGCUCCAGACGACCGAUCCGGGAUUGUUGGAGCUCAUACAUCUUGAGCUCCUAUCCAUUGCGCAAGUGAUCGCGAGCGAGGAAGAGGAGAUCCAGCCCCGAUUGCGGAUGGCGGCUGCCCCACGGAGAACGUACAACGUGGUCGUCAUCCCGGAUUACAUUGCGCAGCGCGAGGAGAGGUUGGAGGACUUCCCCGAGGAAAAGCUGCUGCGACCUCCCUCAUUGUAUCCCAGACCUGCGCCGCCAAAGGCCCCCAAGAAGACGCCGAAGAGGAAGAGACGCCACCCAUCGCCAGGAGCGCAAGGCAGCCGAAUCGGUGGCGGCGAGAAGGUGGUUAAGCCCGUGCACGCGCAGAGUCCCGACCCUGUGCCGGAGAGUGUGGCGACGCUGGUUAAGGAGACUGUCGUGCCAUCGCCGCCCCUCCCGCGCGUGCCUGAUCUCAAUCUCGAUGGAGCCGGGCCAUCAGCCGCAGCAGCGGGAGGAGGAAGCCUAAAGGGAUUACCGGAUCCCGUACCCAGACCCCUCGUCCUCGCGGGACCUUUCCGCUUCUGCCAGCCACCCCUGAGUGCCCCGAUCAUUGACAUUAGCAGUUCCUCCGAGCCGGACGGUCCAUCCGACAGAGGUGGAUUUCAUGGUGGAGCCCACCACCAUCAGGCUCGAGGCCAUUGCGGGGGCGCCGCGCCCUGAUCCGGCGUGGGAGCCAUAUUUGACACCCUCUUUUCAAGGGUGUAUUGCGGCGCGGCUGGCGGGGACGCUCAUCUACGAGACCGGGCAGCGUCCCAAUGUGAUGUAUCACUUCCUUGUCUUCGCGGCGCAGAAGCGCGAGCAGCGGCCCUACACCGAG